AUGAGGAUGGGGCGUUACCAAGUCUCUCUUCCGUGGGUGGAGGGUGCGCCAUCCAUUCCGGACAACAAAAAUGUUGCACAGAAGAGGCUCAUUUCCGCCACCGCCAAGUUGAGGUCAGCAGGAAAAUUUGAAGAAUACGAAGAAAUUUUCAAAGACUGGUGCCGAGAAGGCAUAAUUGAGGAAGUGAAUAGUGAUGUGAUCUGUGACAACGUGCACUACCUUCCCCACAGACCAGUCUUUAAGCCAAACAGCAAGACCACCCCAGUGAGACCCGUUUUUGACGCGUCUUGUAAGGUGAAUCGGAAUCCAUCCCUCAACGAAUGUCUAGAAAAGGGGCCCAAUCUUCUGGAACUGAUUCCAGCUAUUCUACUCAGAUUCAGGGAGAACAAGAUUGGCGUCAUUGCAGACAUCCGGAAAGCCUUCCUGAUGAUCGAGGUCAAGGAACAGGAACGCGACUUCUUACGGUUCCUGUGGUGGGAGGGACAGGAUAUAAAAAAUUUGAAAAUUUACCGCCACGCCAGAGUGGUCUUUGGUGUCAGUUGUAGCCCAUUUCUUCUGGGGGCUGUUCUCAAAUUCCACUUGGAGAAUGUGGAUCCGGAACUCCAACCAAUAGCAAGGGAGUUGCUGCGAUCUCUUUAUGUUGACAAUUGCGUCUUGUCGGUGGAUUCUGUGGACGAGUAUCAAGAAUUUAAGGAGAAGUCCGUCCAGAUACUUGCGGAUGCGAAGAUGGAACUUCGUCAGUGGGAGUGUAGCGCUGGGCAGGGUUCCGGAGUCGGGUUGCCAUCAGGCGACUGCGAAUUGGGCGCUGUUGGAGGUGCUGCUCAACCACUGACUGGAGUUCUUGGGAUCAUUUGGGACAAGAAUCAGGAUUCUCUGAAGAUUGAGAUACCACAAGAUCCACUACCACCGAAAUUGACUAAGAGGAACAUCCUAUCGGUGGUACACAAGAUUUUUGAUCCGUUGGGAUUUCUGAGUCCAGCUACACUCAUCCCUAAGCUCCUCAUUCAAAAGGCAUGGGAAUCCAAAUCCACUUGGGAUGAAGAUUUAAGUGGGGAGUUGCGGGAGGAUUUUGUGACAUGGUGGAGGGAAGUGGAUGAAUUGGAGAAAGUGUCAAUUCCACGCCAUGCAUUUGGAGAAAUCGGUGCAAACCUCCAACUUCACACUUUCUCUGAUGCGAGUAAAAACGCCUACUCAGCAGGAUCGGAGGAGAAAAACGGGGUCAAGAUUCGGAUCCUUCAAGCUAAGUCCAGGGUCUGCCCUCUGAAGGAGACCAGCAUGAAUCGCCUGGAGCUGCUUGGAUGUGUGAUUGCGGCUCGUCUCGCCUCAACUGUGAAGGAGGCGUUAUCGUUGACAGAAGUGCCCACUUAUUAUCACUGUGACUCGUCAAACGCCUUGGCUUGGAUUCGGAAGAAUGAUGAGUGGGGGACUUUUGUGGGGAAUCGCGUAAAGGAGAUCUUGACGCUGACCAAGGUGGAAGAUUGGAGAUGGGUCCCUGGCAAAAAGAACCCGGCUGAUUUGCCUUCAAGAGGGUGCUCCCCCAGCCAACUUUUAAAAUCAAAGUGGUGGGAGGGACCAGGUUGGCUUGUGCAGCCGGAAGAGUUUUGGGUGUGGGAAGAAGAAGAACCCAACAUGGAGGAAGUCAUGAAGGAGAAGAAGAAAUCUGCAGCAGUCAGUAUGACCAUCGGAGGUGACUCAAGAUUAUGGUACAUCGCCCAUUCUUCUUCCUACAUGAAAACGGUGAGGGUCUUUGCCCGUCUGGUCAAAUUUGCAAAAUGCUACCGGACAUCCAAAGAUCAAGCCAAGUCUGAUCUGACCCAAGAAGAAGUUUAUGCUGCUGAAAAUAAACUUCUUAAAAUUGUUCAAGAGGAGGGAUUUGGGAAUGAGAAGCAACUUAUUUCCGGAAUCAGGGUGAAAGCAGACGAGGAUGGAGUGCUUCGAGUACAGACCAAGCUGAUCCAAAGGGAGGAUACGGUCUCAUUCCGGAUGCCGGUCCUGCUGCCACCCAAGCAUCCUCUUGUGGAACUCUUGAUAACUGAAGAACAUCUCAAGCAUCAUCACGCUGGAGUCCAAUUUCUUCUUAGCAAAUUGAGGGAGAAAUAUUGGAUUGUCCAAGGACGAAGAGUAAUCAAACAAGUCAUUGGAUCAUGCCAAAGGUGCAAACGGUUCAAUUCCAAGGCACCCAACGUCCAACCAGCAGCUCUCCCAGAAGAUCGGGUGAAAGAUGCCAAAGCAUUUCAGAUCACGGGGAUUGACUUGGCUGGCCCGUUUCAUCUGAAAAACCAGUCCAAGACGUGGAUGGUUUUGUUCACCUGUGCCGUGUAUCGCUGCGUGCACUUGGAAUUAGUCCAUGAACUCAGUACAGAUAUCUUCCUGCUCGCUCUGGAUCGUUUUGUGUCAAGGAGAGGAAGACCAACCAAGAUUUACACGGACAAUGGUACCAACUUCACAGGGGCCGAGAAUUUGUUCAAGGCACUGGACUGGAACAAGAUUCAAAUUACAACACAACUUCACAGAAUCCAGUGGAUCUUUAAUCCACCAUCCGCGCCGUGGUGGGGCGGCUGGUGGGAGCGUCUCAUCAGAAGCAUCAAAGAUUUACUGAAACGGAUGCUUGGACAUAGUAAACUGAAUUACUACGAGCUGGAGACAUUCAUAUGCGAGGCGGAAGGGGUGAUGAACGGAAGACCCCUCACCCACGUCUCUGAAGAUCAAGAAGAUUUGAUCCCCCUGACGCCAUCAAUGUUUCUCCAGGAUGUGACAACGGUGGAGCUGCCUGAAAUGGAGGUGCUGAAUUCAAAUGGACUCCACAAGAAAUACCGAGAGUUGACGGCCCUACGAGAGGAAUUAAGGUCAAGAUUCCGGAAGGAAUACCUCUCCUUGUUGGUGCAGAGGGGAAAAGUAAAGAAAUGUGAGGAAUUUCACCUAGGAGAUCUCGUCCUCGUGAGUUGCGACAACCAGAAGAGAAUCUUCUGGCCGAUGGCAAGAAUUGUGGAGCUCUUUCCUGGGAAAGACGGACAAGUCAGGGUGGCCCGUGUGAAAACUGAAAAUGGAUUCUUAACUCGACCUUGUCAGCGGCUCUAUCCCCUUGAGGUCUCGUCUCAGGUGGAAUCUCUUGCAUUUGUAUCGGCAAAACCGAAGAAAAUGAAGAAAACCCUAGCGGCGAAGCAAUCCCCUGUGGUAACAGUCAAGAAUGUACCAGCGAAGCUAGAGGUGGUGUCCCGAUUCGGAAGGAAAAUCGUGACCCCAGAUCGACUUGGACAAAAGUGA